CCAGACAAACACAAGUAGACAGGACUCAAGUGAAAAGGCUUCAAAUGUGUUGUUCCCACACAGUGAGCUUUUUUAGCACUCGCAAAUGACUGGAUGAGGCAUGGCGAUUUUACCAGAAAAGAUGAUUUUGCAAUUUUUACUAACGAUGCUACAAGUUGGAUUUUCUUCUUUGAAUUAAGCCAAUUGGCUUCCAUAACAAUUUUUUAAGGGGAUACUCGUUUGCCUAACGAGUCAAAGAAACAUGUUGCAUAUCCUUGCGCUUCAGUCGGCGGUGUUACUUUUUGGAGUAGCCAACUGUCGAGUGUUGGAAGGACUACAGAGAUAUUCCUCCAUCCCCACAUACCUGCCUGUCAACUACCAGGUGCUCAACGCUGACUUGGCUUUCUUCCUGAAAGAAGCCAACCAGGACUUCAUGAGGAACUCUAGCCUGAUGUCGCGGACUGAGCCCUUCUUCAUCUACCAGGCCAGAAGUUUGCCCUCCAUCAACACCAGCUAUGGGCCUCUGUCUGUGGAGCAACCUGUCCCGUUAGAGCUCCUACAGACCCCGGGGACAUUUCCCGCCUCUUCUGUUUUUACCUUCAACUGGAAGGUGCAGACCUUCAUCAUGAAAACCAGGAUUCACUUGGCCAAGCCCAGGGUCCAGGUGCUGUUUUAUGUUGCCGGCAGGGACUGGGACGACUACAGCGCCAUCGACAAGCUGCCCUGCGUGCACAUGUUUGCUUUCCAUGAGACCCAGGAAGUGCGUGGCAGUUGCCAGCUGAAGGGGGGUCUGGGUUUGUGCGUGGCCGAGCUGGAGCCCUUGGCCGGUUGGUUCAGCCCACCCAGCGUAGUGCCGGGCCGCCAGAAGAACCUGGAGAUGUCUGAGGGCACACCGGUGGAGCUGUACUACAUGCUGCAGUCCACAGAGGGGGGGGAGUGCCACUCAGAGGAGGCCAGGAAGGAAAACAUCAUCCACUCAAGCCAGGAGGGGCUGUUUGGUUCCUACACCUCCACACCGCUGCGGAGGAUCGGGGGUGUGAGGCUCUACCAGAACCCCGCUCCUCCACCCCUCGCUGAACACAGGCUGGAUAAUAACUUUAUGGUCCUGGUGCCAGCCUCACCCAUGAGACAGAGGGAAACCAUCUCUGCUUUCAUCAGCGUGGCAGCCUUCUCUCCCGUGGAGAUGUUUACUCUCAGGGUGAAGUUGAAAGAAGGGGUGACGUUUCUCGGGGCUCGUCCCAGCAAUCCCACUCAGUGGAUGGUGAGCCAGGAUGUGAGGAGCGAAGGCCACCGAGUGGUGACUCUUCACUGCCGCAGGAAGGAGUCGGGCUACGAUCAGCAAAGGUCUGAAAUGGGAGUUCAGAGGGUGCUCCAGGUGGAUCUGAAAAUGGAAAGCUUUCCGGAGCCGCUGGGCAGCCGCUGGAUGGCCUGGCAGGUGGAGUACCCGUCCAGUCGUGCCGCCACACAAGAGGCUGAGACGGAGAUCAAGCUGGCGCAGGAGGACCUGGCGGGCAUCGUGCCACUGGCCAUGGACUCUGAGAUUUUGAACACGGCGGUGCUGACCGGGAAGACAGUGGCUGUGCCAGUGAAGGUGGUGACCGUUGGAAUAGACGCUUCUGUUACUGACAUCUCGGAAGCAGUCAAGUGUAGCUCUACAGACGAAGAUGUGGUCAAGGUGUCGGACAGGUGCGACUAUGUUUUUGUUAACGGCAAGGAGAUGAAGGGCAAGGUGAAGAUGAUGGUGAACUUCACCUACGGAUACCUGAGCUCUCAACUGGAGCUCAACGUGUGGAUCCCUCGACUCCCCCUCCAGAUUGAAGUGUCAGACACCGAGCUGAGCCAGAUCAAAGGGUGGAGAGUACCCGUCAUGGCCACCAGUCAGAGGUCCACACGGGACAGCGAGGACGAGGAUGAUGAGGACAGGCGUGGACGAAGCUGCACUCUUCAGUACCAGCACGCCAUUGUCAGGGUCCUGACACAUUUUGUGGCUGAGUCAGCAGAUCCCCGAGGCCAGACCAGCUUCAUGCUGGGCACUGAUUGGCAGGUGGACAUCACAGAGCUGGUGUGGGACUUCCUGAAGGUGGAGGACCCCCAAAUUGCAAAGAUACUGGACAGGAGGAUACUGGUGGGGCUGGACAUGGGGAUGACCACUAUCCAGGUGUUGUCUCCUCUAUCUGACUCCAUCCUGGCAGAGAAGACUGUCACAGUGGUGGAUGACAAAGUGACCAUCACAGAGUUGGGGGUGCAGCUGGUGACGGGCCUCUCUAUGAGUCUGCAGCUCAGUACAGGAAGCAACAGAGCCAUCCUGGCUACCACCACAACACAGGAGAUUCUGCAGAGCCCCAAACAGGAAGCCUUGAUCAGCGCCUGGCUACAGUUUAGUGACGGCUCUGUGGCUCCUCUUGACCUGUAUAAUCCAGACUUUUUUGUCCUGACGGCCACCUCCCUCGAUGAAGAAAUCGUGACAGUUCAGCAGAACCCCUCGUGGAAAUGGCCUGUCAUAGUGACGGAGGCGGAGGGCCAAGGCCUGCUGGUCAGGGUGGAAAUGACUGUUUGCGAAACCUGUCAGAAGUUUAAGCGCCGCAGCAUCCUGGCCGCGGGUAACUGUAACGUCAGAGUGAAGUUUGGUCGGAGUGACAGUGCGAGGGGAGGGGGCAGCGACUACGGCCCUGAUGUAGACGAUAUGGAGAACAGAGGCAGGCUCUCCCCCUCCCAGGACAGGACCGGCCCUAUCACACACUACUAUGGCAGCUCCAUCUCUGACAUGGAGGAUGGGGUGUUAAGGAGAGCCACCACCACUAGAAGUGCCAUAUUGCACAGACCAAACGGGGAUAAACGUUCGGAUGAUGGUAGCCAGAACAUGCCAAUUGACUUUGCUGACUUCCCUGCACAAGUGGACCUGCCCCGUGGCCGCAAUAUGGAUGAUGACCUUAUUCAGACCGCUCGUGGACUUACAGAUCUGGAGAUCGGCAUGUAUGCCCUGCUGGGGGUCUUCUGCCUCGCCAUCCUGGUUUUUCUCAUCAACUGCAUCUCCUAUACGCUGAAAUACCGCCACAAGGAGCUCUCGAUUGAAGGCCAGGAGAACAUGAACCAUGCUCACGAUUGGGUAUGGCUUGGCAACGAGGCAGAGCUGCUCGAGAGCCAGAUCAGCCUGUCGCCCCAGCAGGAGGAACAGACCUCUAUGAUAGACUCCAGCAGCGGGCUGGAGGAAGGAAGCCACCUGCUGAACGGAGGAUCGGCCCAGAAGAAUGUGCAGGGCCAAGUGCACCGGGGAGCGGAUACAGGGUGCACAGUCAAGGACAGUAAAGGAGACUCCCCCACCACCAAGAGGAAGAGAGUCAAGUUCACCACGUUCACCACCAUCCCCUCGGACAGUAGCUACCCCACUGUUAACACACUGACUGGGAGCCACUGCCAGGACAUUGAGUGGGUGUGCCAAGAUGUGGAGCUGGGAGACUCCAAGGAGUUGCGCAAUUACAUGGAAAGAGGACAGUGGGUCUGGACUGAAACCGGAUCUGGAAAUUGACGUCAGAAUCAUCCCAAACUGCCAAAGGGUCAUUAUAUUAAAGAGGAUUGUGGUGAUUCCACAAGUGACUGAUGAUGAAUCAUUUAUGGAAAAAAAAAGUCUAUGAAAGAGGACGUCACGUGAUUCUUUUGUUCCUUUGUUAAUCAGAUGAUUAGCUUUUGAUCGUUAAUUUUAAUACUACAGGGUUUAGAUAGAAUGAACCCAGGACUAGCAGCAACUACGACGUGGACAAUUCAGACAACAUGUAGAUUUUAAAACAAACCGUAAAAUGGCUAGAUAGAUGUUCCGGAUGUGUGUGCACAUUAAAUGGUUUUGGACGUUUUGGAACAUUUUGGAUUUUAAUUUCUUACGUCAGAUCAUUAAUCUGUGGAAGAGUUCUGUAAAGGCCAAAGCAAGCGAUGAGACAUUUCUGCAUGUAGAUGGAGAAAAAAAAAAAGGCACAACUUUCUGGUUCAUUCUCAUUGUCCUUAACACAUCAGAAAACAUGUUCUGUAUAUACCAAACAGUCUCCAAAGCAUUGUAUUGUUGCUCUGUAUAUUGUAUUUUCAUAACAUUUAAGAAAUACACAACAAUGUCAAGAGUAUGUAUCAGCUUUUCUUGACCACAGCAUCAAGUACUGAGGUCAGCCGAGGAUUGUGGUGGAUGAAAAGAAGCCAAUUACACAUUCAUGUUUGUAUAAAAAGUAUUUCAUGAGAUGCAAUUCACCAACAAGGCAUUGUCAUCUGCUCCCUUUAAUGCUGGCCGGUGACCAAAGGCAGUGGUCAUUAAUACUCUCGUCUCGUCUAUUAGAACUCGUGCCCUAACAUGACAGCAGAGCAUGAAGGGGUCUUUGAACUAAAUUGCCGGACGACAUGGUAAUGUGACAUUUCCCGCUGUCCACCCUCCAGUUUAAAGUUUACUGAGCUUUGAAGAAAAUGCCAAUUAAGGUCUUGUUAACCUCUCUCCCAUAGCCUUCAGGAAAAGCAUACUGAUAAACUGUGUGUUAUGGACAAACUGGGAUGAAAUGUGCACUCCAUCU